AUGGCGCCUUCUACGCAAAAAACUUAUACGCUUAUCCGAGUAAUUCGAGAUAUCCGGUUCCUGUUCGGCCAUGAUUGUUUCUUUCGAUUGUCAGACAUAGCUGAUAGAAACCUCAAGAUGCAGUUGCACAUCAGAGGACAGUCUACCCACAUUCUUGAUGUCAAUGGAGAAGAGUCCAUUGCUCAGAUUAAGGAGCGCAUCUGUGCCCUGUCUGACAUUGGAAAUGAAGAGAUCACUUUAUCAGCAUGUGGGUCUCCUCUCGAUGAUGGUCUCCUAGUAUCUGAAUUGACUUCCACAGAAUUGGAUCUAACAGUGCCAUUGCUUGGUGGUAAAGUGCACGGUUCCCUGGCUCGUGCUGGUAAGGUAAAGGGGCAGACACCUAAGGUUGAAAAACAACAAAAGAAAAAGAAGAAGACUGGCCGUGCCAAGCGUAGGAUCCAAUACAACAGAAGAUUUGUCAAUGUUGUCCAGACCUUCGGCCGUCGUCGUGGACCCAACUCCAACUCU